CUUGUCCACCAACCCUACCCACCCCCAUCGCAGCCCUCACUGAACGACUAUACGAUACUAUAAUUUAUACUAUUCCCAUCCGUCCGUCUCUCGUUUCUCUGCCUAUCAUCUCUUCCUCUCGGGGAAGCCACUGGUCUGCUCGCCCAAUAGCCUCCAUAUGCACGGUGAACGCCCUGCGACAUCCAAAUCCAGAGGAAUAUGUCUUUAUUACAACACACCACGAGGCUGUUAUGCAGGAGACAAGUGCAAGUUCCUCCACGGUGAAGCGGAGAGGCUCACGCCCUACGACAAGAACAAGCCGUGCCACUACUAUGCCAAAGGUUACUGUCGCCACGGUGUCGACUGCUGGUUCAAGCACGUCGAUCCGAAUCCGCCCAAUGCUACUGCAUCGACAUCGACAUCGCAGCCUGCAGAGGAAGCGGAGGAGCUCGUUUGCUGCAUCUGUUACGAGAAGCUUGUGACAUUCGGCCUUCUGGAGGGAUGUAGCCACGUCUUCUGCGUUGGUUGCAUCCGCGAAUGGCGCGCCUCGUAUGGAAAGUCGGAGGAGGUCGUUGCGUCCGGUGUCACGAAGCAGUGCCCGCUAUGCCGUGCGCCCUCGAAGUUCAUCACGCCAUCGAGCAAGUUUUUCCCGCAGGGUGAUCCGCGGAAGACCGCACUCAUCGAGCAGUACAAGGCAAGCAUGGCUAGGGUGCUUUGCAGACACUUCGAGAAGUCACCGCCCAACGACAGGUUCUGUCCAUUCGGCAAAGAUUGCUUUUUCCAGCAUCGCAAUUCAGAUGGCUCUCCUUAUGUCUUCACGCAUGGCGUCGACCACAACAUGAAGGUCUACCGACGGCGACAAGAAAGGGAGCGAUUCGCAAACUUACGUCGAUUUACGGACAGCGCCCUCCUAGGGUAUGACUCUGACGACGACAUCCUCUCAGACAUCCCCGAGGAACGCGACGACGAAAGCGGGGAUGGCAACUCGGUCACCGGCUCGGACUUGGACGGCAACCUCGACACACUCGCACCUUUCAUCAUCGACAACGAUAUACGGAUGGAGGACAUGGUUGCCAGACUAGCAAUUCUCCUAGAUACUCGAGUAGGCCUUGUGCCUGACUUCGUCGAUGCUCACGACCGCGCUGUAUCGCCCAUCGGAACGGACGAAACGCUCGUGAACACGACAGGAGCAGAGCCUACGGCGGCGCAGUCAACGGCAGUGUCGCGUGGUCAGUCCCCAUUGCCCAUACUGGAACCCAGAGCGGCGACUCCCCCCAUCCCUGCGCCCGACCCAGCGGUGCAACGUCCGUCAGUUCGUCCGACUCGAGCCGCAUCUGAGCCUCUUCCUCGGAGCCGCUUCAGCACAGUCGUCGAUCGGCGACCACGAUCGAUCUCGGAUCAUUUGGACGCCACCCUCGACGACGCGCGCCCUCUUCCUGAUUCAGCGAGUAGCGCAGUCAUUCCAGCUUCAGCCGACUCUCCCUCAACACAAGGUGAUCGCGUGCAGAAUGACGAGCAGGUCUCACGCGAGGCAGAGGCAUUGCUGGACGAGGCACCAGACUUCGAUAGGCGAGUCGAGGACGUGAUGCGUUCACUGGAGGCGAGUGACAUCCCCGCCUCGCCGUUGGCUGCUGUCGUCGAGCCUCCGCGCGAGGAAGCGAGGUCUCCCUGCGCGGAUGCCGCUACCGAGGCCAUGCAAGACGUCGAGCCGCCAUUCUUGACGGACGGACGCGGGCGUGUCGUCUGGAGCAACACGGCUGCUGGGCGCCACCGGGAUGGGAGGCGAGUCCGCGCUUCGACCGCUCCAGCACAAGUGCAGCAGAAGGGGCGGAGGGACGUACCGGAUACCGAGACAGCCUCAAUGCGGAACGCAGAAGACUCCGCAGACGAGAGCGUGGCUAGGCAGUCUAGUCGCCCCCGUGCCCCGCGUGCCCAGACGAGUGGUGCGGCCAUAGAGGGAGGGACGUGGGUGCCGGUGGAGCCGUGAUGGAUGGCUGUUGAACGCACGGACGCUAAAUGUGUGUGUGUGCGUGACCUGCGAGCGCAGAUGCUUGUGUAUCCGCUGUCUGGGACUGCUUUCGUUCGAGGAUUGUUUUACGAAACUGUACUAUAGUGCUAAGUAUCGCCGACCAUGUGACCCUGUCGUACUUUGCGUUUGCGUGUGUCGCCAACCGAGUUGUGGGUGGUUGGCUGCUCUCUGCGCCGACCGCGAAUAAGAGCAGGAGGAUUGAAA